UCUUUUCCAUUUUCUUUUUUCAUCUUAAUUAUCGCCACCUCGACAGCGCGCGAUCUGCCAUUAUUCCACCCUCCUCCUCUCGACUUUCCAGUGCGCAGUGAACAAAGUGGUGUUAUCGUCGCGUUAUCGCCGGUACGCAACGUCCAGGCAUUCCUCAGCGGUAUUUAACAAAUGGAUAAUAACGAAGGAUCAUCGGCGAGCCGUCAUUUUCCGGAGUGGUCUUACAUCCACCCUGCGUCACGCUGCUGAUCACGACGGGCAACAUCGCAGGAAGAGCGGGUUGCGGGUCGCGUGAUCCAUCGAAAUGUCAUCGAGCAUGACAUCGUCACACGAGCCGACAACGACGAUGGCAGAGACUGAACUGGACAGUGACGGUUCGAGUUGUGGCGAGCGCGACACUUGGAAGCGCGUCCGCGGCGAUUCCAUCGAUCUCGGUGUCGGUACCAAAAAGCGUCGGAAGCAGUCCACACCGGUAAGAUUCUCGUCCAGUGUAGCGACAGACACGCACGAGGACGCGUGCGAGAACGAGCGCGAGGACGAGGAUAGCGAAGGUAAGCCGUCAUCGCGAUCGCCGUUGCCGAGCAACGAGCAUCAACACCAUCAUCAACAUCAUCAUCAUCCUCAACCGUCGUUGAAAGACGAGAAUCUCAACAACGAGUUCCGUUGCCAGCACUGCGGCCGGUUCUUUGAUAGUGACGAGUCUCUCAAUGUCCACAUAGAUGGCGAGCACGGUGGCGCGAGUCAGGCGACACCUAGCGUCACCAUCAAGAUUGAACCGGCACAGCAGCUGGAUCGGAAUAAUGAUGAUCCGGUUAGUCUCCUAAGCGUCAAGAACUUCGCGACUACGUGGCUGACCGCGCCCGGCUCCGGUCAGCAACACGUGCAAUCGCAGACGCAGAUGCAAUCGCAAAGCGAGGAAUCGUGGUCGGGCAGUCCAGUCAAUCAGAUUGUCACGAUGACUAAUCAUUUGCAGGCGCUCUCAGGUUUCCCCGGUACUCUCGCGCAAUACCUACCCCUACCGGGUUUUCCCAUACCCGAUCCCCAGCAAGUCCCAAGAUCCUCUCUCGGUCCGGUGCCGGUGAAGAUUUUCAAUCCGGACGCGUACUGCGACAUGUGCAACAAGGAGUUCUGCAACAAGUACUUUCUAAAAACGCACAAAGCCAACAAGCACGGGAUUUAUGUGGACUUGCCAGCAGCGAACACGACUAUAGAUGCCGCUAAUGUGUUCGCUACGAAUUUCCAUGUAGGUAAUACGAGCGUCAAGUUGGAACCAUCGACAACGCCGCCGCAGAAACGUUUUCGCAUCGAAGAAUCUGCAAUAAAAAAGCACAAAUCGAAAAACGAGUCUUCGAUAGAUCAGCAGUCAGAGAGUCAGCCGAUCUCUUUGCCGCAGAACGAGGAGGAUUGUCGAGAAACGUUACGCGACAGUCCCAGUGGUAUGGAAGCGCUUCUUAAGCAGGAAUAUGGCAUCGAACAGGAAGAUGCCACCUUCAUGCCUGCUCCUAGACACCUGUCGCCCCAAUCCAUUCAGCAGGUGCGCGAUUCUGGCUUCAGCGUCGAUCUCCUACGUCGUUUGGGUGUCAUAAAUCCCGAGGCGUUCUGUGAAAUCUGUUGCAAGGAAUAUUGUAACAAGUAUUUCCUACGCACACAUAAAAUGAAACGUCAUGGUAUCGUUAUACAAGAUAAUGAGAGAUCGCCUAGCAAUUCUGGCACAACCGUUACCACAUGGCAUCAAGUGCAAACCAGUCCGCUAAACCUGAUUGUGACGGACACUACCACAGGUUCGGAGUCCAACGAUCGCAUUAGUGAAGAAUACGAGUGCAAACCUUGUGGUAUACGCUUCCAAACGAUCGAUCUAUAUCAAACACACUGCAGGAAAAUACACGAGGUCGAAGAACGUGCUACACCGAAACAAGAAUACGAUUUAGAAAGUUCCGAUCAGCGCACUGACUCAAUCUCGGAGGAUCUCCAAAAGCUGCAGACGAUGAUCAUGCAACUGAACGGUUUGGAUUCUGGCAAAGGAUUGUCCUGCGCCAUUUGCAGUAAAGAGUGCGACUCAAGGUCGGCCCUGCGCGUUCAUAUGGCGACCGAACAUGGUGUCACCAAUGAUGAAAUUUCGUCGCCGCAGGAGACAUCACCUGCCCAGAUCAUUUCGACUAUUUUCUGCACUCUAUGCGAAAAAGAUUAUCCCAGCCAGGAAGCUCUGAAGAGACACAUCAGCGAAGAGCAUCAACCUGUCAUAUCUAACGUCAUUACGCUACCGACUCUUCCAUCGACGGUGAUUGCCUCUUCCGCCAGUUCGACACCAAUUAAUCAAGCUCUAAAUAGUCAAACAACAACAAUGACAACGACAACAAUGACGACGGAGAAGAAGAUGUCACUGACGCCUACAUCCAGCUAUUGCGAAAUAUGCAACAAGGAGCUGUGUAACAAGUACUUUAUGAAGACACACAUGCAACGAAUGCACGGCAUUGAAAUCGAGAACGGUGCACAGAUCGGCGGUGUUAUUUGCAAUAUUUGCAACAAAGAGUUAUGCAGCAAAUACUUCCUACGCGUACACAAGCAUAACACCCAUGGGAUUGUCGACGAGAACACAUCGUCCGCAUCAACGUCGAAUAAACAAGAACCUUACGACACUUCAAACGCAGAAGAUUCGGCGUUGAAGCAGGAACCGGGCGAUCUUAAUCACAGCUAUUUUAAUCACUUCACCGAGGUGUGUCCAAUCUGUAGCCGAAGGUUUCGUAGUAUCAAGUGGCUAAAAGGACAUCUGAUGAGCGAUCAUGGCAAAGUUGGAAUUGAUAAAUGGCGCGAGUUGGAGCAGCAGUAUCAAGAAACAGCCAGGACCAGUGGCAAAAGUGUAGCUUCAGGAAAAAGCAUUCAGCAAGCAUCGAACCUAAAGAUUCCCAAUGGCCUCGAGAUUAGUCAACAAGUCAAGUCGACCGACUGCAGCAAUCUGGGAAAUCAGGUGCUGUCGAAUCUUUUUGGUUCUUUAUCCGAGGAACAUCAAAUGAAAAAUUAUCAUUGCGCCUACUGUAACUUUGCAACGUCGGUGCUGCCCUUGCUCUUCCUUCACGAGCGAUCGCACGUAAGUUUUCCAGAAAACGUCGAGGGUGACCGGUUACUGCAAUGCCCGAUCUGCUCGCAGGAUUUCCAACAAUCGGAGCAACUCCACCAGCACCUACUCGCUAAGCAUCAAAUGCCUACUUUGCUAUCGCAAUUUCAGCAUCCACUUCUAAACAACUUGAGACUGGAUGCUAAUGUCAAGACAAAUGACGUUAAAGGCAAAACCGAUCAAGAUACAAAGGACAACAGGGCAGGCUGCAGUCCGCAGAUCGAUCGAAGUAUUUCCGAGCCCGCAAAGAACCAACGGCAGAAUGAACAGGUACAGGUUACUGCUCAUGGCGCGUAUAAGUGCGCCCAGUGCGGCUACGCGACGACGAAUCUAAAUCGGAUCAAAAAACAUGUGCGGAAAGAUCACAAAAUGCUCGGUGAUCCGACGGAGAGCGUAAUCACCGAACUUAGUAAGACCCUAAAAGACGUGGCCAAUAAGCAAAAAGUACCGGCUUGUUAUGCGAUGCCGCAGGACAUGAACUCGAACCCCGACAAAACCAUCAUGCAACCGUUUCUGAUCGAGGAGCAGGAUCUGAUGCAAACCGAGUCUAGCUCGGUAAAGAGAUUCGCGCCAGCACUCGUAUAUCUACCGGUCAAGUCCAGAAUCAACAACGCCUUGACAGCUUCCUUCACUCUAACUCCCGCCUGAGUUUAGAUUUUUCUUUAUUCGUAUUCGCAUCGUAUUUUCGCGGCUUGAAAGAGCAUGAGCGACAGCAUCUACAUCUGCGAUCUGAGCACAUGGUAUGGAUUCCUAUUUGUUGUUCAAAACGAGCGGCAAGUGUUAUUUGCACCGUAAUAUUCUGACGUUUCACUCAUUUUUACGUCUCUUUGACAGUUUCUGCAUCUUCUACUACUCUAUAGAUUAAGCAAGCUCUCUGAUUUUAUAUUGCGAAUUGGUAAAAUGAAGAAGAUAGUCGAAUUAAUAUGAUAUAUCAAUUAA